AUGUCUCAAAGAGCUCCAAAACGACGUUUACACGUUGAUAUAAAGCGAAGAUGGCGUUCACGUAAACAGGAAAAUAAGAUUAACACAUUUUUGGAUUCAGCAUAUCAUUUUGAUUCGACUAAUACCGACGAAGAAGAAAUAAAUUUACACGUAACUCAAGAACCUGUCAUCGAUUAUUCUAUUUCAUCAGAAAUACGAACAGAUUCUGAUUCCGAAUUUAUUAGAAAUGAAAAUGAGAACAACCAUGAUGAUGAUUCUAUUGAUGACACUGAUACAAGUAUUGAAGAUUUUAUUAAUCAAAUGAAUGAAGAAGAAAAAAACAAAACAACUCCACUUUAUAUCGGAUGUCCAAUAUCUGUUUAUGAAGCUUGUAUGCGUCUUAUCCGUUUAGGACAUUCACUCAAUCUAGACAAAAAAGGAAUACAAAGGCUUCUAACAGAAAUUCGAAUGACUGAUAAUGAAUAUCGUCCACAGGUAUCUGUUCGCUGCGUAGAAUGUGGUGAAGUUUUAUUAAAAUCAAAUGAUGCCAAAUGUUCAAUCAGUUGUGAUUCUAAUGGAAAAUAUAGGUCAUAUAGUAAGAUUGCUGAACUGGCUAUUAUGAAUGUGGAACGUGAAAUCAAGCGAGUAGCUGAACGUCACAUUGAUCUCAUCAACGAAUAUCCGAAACAAGCUCCAUAUCUUUUCCCUUCUGAUCAUAUUAGUAGUAAUAUUUAUCGGCAAUUACCAACUAAUGAAAAUCAGCGCAAUAUCACGAUCAUUUUACACAGCGAUGGUGCACCUGCUGUUGGUGUGAACAAUAAGUCUCUAUGGCCUGUUCAAGCAAUCAUUGCAGAAAUACCGAUUCCGGUGAGAGAUAUGAAAUCUGCUGUUAUGCUUUUUGGUGUUUGGUUGGCGGCAAAAAAGCCGCCUCGUAAUCCUUUACUAAUACCGAUUAUCACCCAACUGGAAGUUCUCAUGCGAUCACCAAUUGUGUUGAAACAGAAAGAUGGUUCUCGCUUGUCGUAUAAUGUUCGUAUACAACAAGCAAUUUUUGAUUUGCCUGCCCGUGCUCACUUUUUGAAUAUUGUUCAAUAUAAUGGUUAUUAUGGGUGUGGUGAUUGUUGUAUUGAAGGUACCCGUACAAAAUGUCAAGAAAAAGCUUCUCAAUUUAGCCGCAAUACAGGAAGUGAAGAAAUUGAUAUACAACCUGCUAAUAAUGACGAAGAUGAAGAGCUCGAUGACAAUCACAUUUACACAACCAAAAAUUUUUACAACAAUGAUGAAAAUGAACCUUUACCACAAGCAACAGAUUUUCAUUCGAAUUACAAUGUGAAUGAACCUUCUCUAGAUUUUGACUCUAUUGUUGCUUAUCAAAAUGUGAAAAAAACGACAAAGCGUAUGGCGUUCGACGAUGAUGAUGAUGAUCAACUGGAAGAAGAAACACUUAAUAUGGCAUCAGGCAAUCGACAUAAAAAUAAUUCCAAGAAGAAGAAAGGCCAUCCAUCUAAUGUGACAGAUUAUCUGAGCUAUAUUUGUGAGCAAGGAGAUGAUGAAGAUGACGUGCCACCAACACAAAGCAAGCCAAUCAAGAAGAAACGGAAGCGAACUUCACGCUCAAAAGAGUCAAGCUCUAAAUCAAGUGCUGAUAUUGAAAUAACUAAUGUUCAAAAGGAACUUUUGCUGUUCCAGUAUAAGGUCGAUAAUCGGCUCAAGAAUAAAAAUCUAAUGAACAUUACCGAUUUGGCAGCUCACUCUGUACCACCACCACCAGAUCCUGAAAUUGUUCUUGGCGUUGAUGUGAGUAAGCUCAUCUUCAAGUUCGAUGAACAGAGAAUACAUCCUAUUCCGCAAUGUUGA